AAUAAACCUCCAAAUACCGCAGAGCUGCAGACAAAGAUAAGCCUGCCAACUGUCGCCUCAGUGUGGACAAUUUAUGGUGGGUGUGUGAGCAGAGAGCUAGCUGUUGAUGACUAGCUAUAAAGAUUCUUCGCACGGUGGGUGACGGAUCUAAGCGGAGGCUAGGAAACAAAGGAGGCAGGCAAAAAGGGAGGAGUAAAUGAGAGAGAGGGAACGUGCAAUAGAUAAAGCUGCAGCCAGGACCAUGAGCUGCACCCUUGUGACUGCAUCUUAUGAUUCGCUGCCUGCUCAGUUGAGUCCUCAUCGGGUAAAAGAUCAACACUUUGCUCGGAGGCUUUCAUCUCCACAUGGUUUGGGAGCCCGCACCUCAUCAGCCGUGCCUCGUCGUCCUUUAGCUCUGCCUGGAUAUCCACUUUCUUUCCUCCAGGAGCCAAACAACCUCAACAAUCAUCAUCAACCUCUCUCCCUGUCACUGGGUUCCAAAGCCUCGCUGGCGCCCCCUGUGCCUCAGGCAGACCCUGCCCCACCAUGCUGCCAAACGGUGGGCAUUGUGCCACUGCUACGUGUGGCACUACUCAUCUUCAGCUGCCUCUUCUGGGCAGGCGGGUUGGCGAUCUUCACCCUAGGAGUAUGGGCACAAGUGUCCCUGGCUGACUACAUGCUGCUUUCAUCUAACCACUACCCCAAUGCUCCAAUGAUACUCCUAGCUACAGGUGCUGCUAUCACCUCCUGGGGUUUCCUGGGUUGCCUGGGUGUGGCAGCCAACUUGCCCUGCCUUCUCCGCAUCUUUGGAUUCUUCCAGCUGGCUGUGCUCAUGGGGGGAUUGGCUGCUGGACUUUCAGGGCUCUUCUACAGGCAAGACAUCGCUGGAGGUUUCCGCAGCGGGCUACAGAGGGCAGUGGAGGGCUACGGAGAUGACGAAGGACGUGCUGACGCUCUGGACAGCCUUCAGAGGGCGCUGCAGUGCUGCGGGGCAGAGAGCUGGCAGGACUGGCUCCUGUCUGACUGGGCUGUACAGGAUGCUGUAUCACUGACAAGUAGCUCAGGCAAUGACACGGAUUAUGUGUCUGUACCGGACAGUUGUUGCAUACGGCGCAAAGGCUGUCAGAACAGGCCGUUGCCAGAAAGAGGAACUGGUAGCAUUGAAGGUGUGGGGAUUCACCCACAUGGUUGCUUUAAGAAAGUCUUUAGUUUUGUCAAUGAUAACAUCUUUCACAUUGCUGCUACUGUCCUAACUCUUGCUUUUACCCAGGUGGUGGGUAUAAUUCUGGCAUGCCUGCUCGCCAACCGCCUACCUUCUCAGCCUCAUAGGCAAGGCCACUAAGAAAUUCCAGGUCAGUAUCAGUUGUUCUAUGAAAAGCCCUGUUUAGAUGGACGUAGACUGUACUUAGAUAAAUUUUAAUCUUAAAAAAGGAAUUUUCAGUGAAAAAAACAAACAAAAAACAAUCAUUAAUAGCACUUCUCUACCAAGCAGUGUGGUUCACUAUGGUUCAACAACAAAUCCAAACCCAGGGCUGUUUAUACACUGGCUUGU